UCCGCAGCGACUGAAAGAUGCUGCUGAGAGGCCGCUUAGAAGAAGGGGGUCAUUUAAUCUCUUUUCAUAUAAGCCCUCUUUUGUAUUUAUAUAUAUGCCAGUAACGCAAACGACGAUGCACACGACUCAGCCGCCUGCACGUGCGCGUGGACAUGAUUCCGAGCGCAUUUUAAAGCUGUAAGCGCUUUCUGGAUCACGGGAUUGUCGGAUCGCUGAAGGCAGCACAGGGCCCUGAUGCCAAACGCAGAUUCGUGCUGCUGGAUUUAGAGGAAGAGUUCGGGGAGAAGAGAGAACGGAACCAGGAUGAGUGGAGGACAGGAGCAAGCUGACAUCCUGUCUGUCGCUGCGCUGGUCAGGGAGAGAUGGAAAGUGAUCAAGAAAAUCGGUGGCGGGGGCUUCGGGGAGAUCUACGAGGCACAGGACCUGCAUACCAGGCAAAAUGUGGCUCUUAAGGUGGAGUCGGCUCAGCAGCCAAAGCAGGUGCUCAAGAUGGAGGUGGCUGUGCUGAAGAAAUUACAGGGUAAGGACCAUGUGUGCCACUUUGUGGGAUGUGGUCGCAAUGACCGUUUCAACUAUGUUGUCAUGGAGUUACAGGGUUGUAAUUUGGCGGAUUUAAGGAGGAGUACAAACCGUGGGACGUUCACUGUCAGCACGACGCUCAGACUAGGCCGGCAGAUACUGAAGGCCAUUGAGAGCAUCCACUCGGUUGGCUUCCUGCACCGCGACAUUAAACCGUCCAAUUUUGCCAUGGGACGCGUCACCUGCACUAGUCGGAUCUGCUACAUGCUGGACUUUGGUUUGGCACGCCAGUUCACAAACUCGACCCAGGAAGUCAGACCACCUCGACGUGUGGCAGGGUUCAGGGGCACAGUGCGAUAUGCAUCAGUCAACGCCCACAAGAACAAGGAAAUGGGCAGGCACGAUGACCUGUGGUCUCUGUUCUACAUGCUGGUGGAGUUCUUGGUUGGUCAGCUGCCUUGGAGGAAAAUCAAAGACAAGGAGCAAGUGGGGAAGCUGAAGGAGGCGUAUGAUCAUCGCAUCAUGUUGAAACAUUUGCCCUCAGAGUUCAGCAUCUUCUUGGACCACAUUAGUAACUUGGACUACUACACCAAACCCGACUAUCAGCUUUUAAUGACGGUAUUUGAGAACAGUAUGAAAACUUAUAACGUAAUGGAAAACGACCCAUACGAUUGGGAGAGAACGGGCACAGAUGGUGCUCUUAAUACGCCUACAGCUGCCAACGUGCCUCAGCAACACACCCGCUUCACGCCAGCCUGCAUGGGGAUGGCCAAUGCCUCUGUGGUGCAAGGAGACCUCUUGAAGGAAAACACAGAUGAAGUCCUGAAGGACGAGCAGCUCAGUGAUGGUGACAACAAUGCUGAGCCAGAACGCCAGUCUGACUCUCCUGCCCACCACAUAAGAACCCCAGGAGCUGAUGGUUGGGAAGACCUUGAUCGCAACAGCAACCUUAUCCGCUUCCCUGGUCGGAAGGGCCACAAAGAAGAGGAACACAGUAACAAGGGCAACCCAAGCCCUCAGGCUUGUCCCAGUCUCGGCUCUCCUGUCUGUUUACGCUCCGAGGUGAUGCCUUCAGACAGAGAAGCUCCUCUUCUGAGGAAACUACGCAACAUCCACAGCUUUGAGCUAGACAAGCGACUAACUUUGGAGCCCAAACCCAAUACCGAGCGAUUUGUAGAAGCAUGUGCAGGGAAGCAGACGCCCGGUUUAGGACUGGACCAGGAAGGUAAUGUUGCUGCAGUCCCAGCAGCUGCGUCUGUUCGAGUGUGGCACUUUGAUGAAGAGUACCUCUCAGGAGAUGCAUCGCCUAAACUGGGCUCCCCAGCCUCUGGAGCUGCCAGUAGUGGCUUUGUAGCAGUAAACCUGAGCACAGACCAGCAGGACGCAGACUUACACGACUGGGUGAUGGUGGAACGUGUUUCUGACCAACAAGACAUUCAAGGCGCAGCCAGUAGCAGUCCAGGACCCGAGGCCAAGCUGACAAGCAGCCCUUCAUAUGAACCAGAGGUGCUGCAGCCAAUGGACGAGUCUCCUGAUAAGGAAAGGGCCACCCCAAGCUCCUCCCAUGGGCACAAUAUGACUACACUUAAAGUAGAGAGACUUGAACUGAGUAUGAUGCCAACAACAGAUCUGCUCCCCAUUACACCCACGAGUCCUGCUGAAGCACUGGCAGAAGGAGUUCUCUCACAGCUCCCAACCUCUCCUGCAUCUCUACCGGAGGAGAUGGUGGCCCGGAAGCUCCUGCGGUCCCCUAGUCCUCAUGCAUUCCUGAGCACAUUGUCAGAUCCCCUGCACCAACGCUCCCCACCCACUAUCCGCCGUAGCCAGUCCGCAGAACACCAUAACCAGCACCGCUCUCCCUGCUCCUCUAGCUCCCAGCCCCGCAUCACUCACAGAAAGCUGCCAGCCAUUCCACCAGGCGCCUCCAGCACCAAGAUUCCUUCAGUAAUACGCAUCACACGCGCUCAGCUGCAGCAGUUGACAGCUCAGCAUCCCUCUGCGCUCUCCCCCCAGUCACCCUCUGAUAGCGUGCCACAGUACCCCCUGCUGGAGAAUCAGGACACUGGUGAGAAAGACAUGCUGCCACAGGAUUUUACAGUAAGCAUCCACUCACCUCAGGAGCAGCCUCAGUCCCUACACUCCGCUCCCUCCAGUGCUGAUGCAGAAAUUCCCAUAAAUAAGAAAGAAAAUCCAAAAACGCCCAGCCCAGUGCCAAGCCCAGAAAACUUACCCCAAAAUGCCUGCAAUCCAGUUCUGAUAAACGGCCAUGAUGAGUCUGCAUCAAGUGCUCAGAAGGCGCUACAUUCUGAGCUGAAGGACACCAGGAGAGACUCAUUUACAGAGCCUGAGCAACACCCUGCACCGAAGAACAAUAUAACAUCCUCUGUUGAGUGUACCAAUCACACUACAUCCUCUUCAACUGCUGUCCUGUGCCGAGAUCCCAGUCGCCGGCUUAGCCGCAUCCCUGUCCUCGAGCCAUCCAGUUUGCUGCAGGAUGCUGCUCCAGGCUCAGCUAAGGAGAAACUGCUGCAGAAACGAGGCCAGCGCCUUCCCACAUCGCCCUGUGCCUCACCCUGUGCUUCACCCUCACUUUCCUCAGUCCAGCGUGACCGCCUUUCCUCCACUUCAGCCUCUGAGCGCUCGCAGGAUGAGGAGUCCAUACAUGGAUUGAGACAAGGUGAUGAUGCCCCAUCGCUGUCCUCCUCCUCUAGCCCACAUUCACACAAAAGCAAAAUCCCCAGACCUGUAAGCCACUCUUCUGUAAAAGGGGAUCUCACAGCCCAGUUUGUGCCUCGGCCACCUCCCGGCAAACCUCCCAGUCGCACUUCUGCAGAUGGCAGGCUGCGGCGUUAUCGGAUCCGAGCAGGCAGUGCAGGCGACUCCGAACUGAUGACGUGUCUGGCUCAGCUGAUGCGAGGAGGAACCAGCCGCUCGUCAUCUUUGCAUUCCCGCAACUCGCCGCAGCACGGUGGCACCAGGCUUGUGUGUAUCAGCCAGUCUGGUAUCUCACAUCACCAUCAUCACCAGCGCAGUUCCAGUGCUUCCCCCCGUAGCUCCUCCUCCUUACAGCGCUCCAUCAGCUCCUCACCCUCCCGUCAUGAGCACCGUGUUGGAUGCAUGCGUAGCCACUCUCCUCCCAGCUUCUCGGGGUCCCCGCCCUUGCGCCGUGCACAUCCUCAUUUGCAGGAGGGCAGCUGUGGCCACAAGGCCCGGCCCAAAGCUUGCAGUCGGGAGCCCAAAUGCUCCAGCAAGCUGAGCAGAUAGUUAAACAAUACGUAUGUACGCACUCUAGUACGUUCACAUAAAUCACAAGCAUACCAGCAGGGGAUGAAAAAGCUUGCAAGAUGCUUGUUUUUAUGCCUGACUAGUACCAAUGUAGUAUCCAGUCUUAAUUCUGCAACUAAACAGUAUUCUGCUUGUUAGUUUUGCACCCACUUCCUGUUUGAAUCGGACGAUAAGAGAGUAUCACGUCUGUCAGCUCUCUAACCCACGUUCUCUUUUUAUUUAUCAAUUUUUUUUCAAAAGCCGUGAGUGUAAUGCCGUUAGGAUUUAUUAUUUUUUUUCAGAUGAGUUGUAGGAUUAGUAUUUUGCCUUGUUUUAACUCGAGGAGAAAUCAUGUAGCUAGAGCACUGAUCUAGUUAGUCGAACCCUUCUUGCAUGGGUUUGUGUAUUUGCAUCGAGCUCUGUAAACCUGUAAUAUAAUAUUUAUUGAAAUAUGUACUUGGGGUCGGAUGCAUAUUGCGCCCUUCUAAUCCAUGCAGUGGCAGGUACACUGACAGAUCGAUGCCAUUGUUUUUCUCAUUUCGUUCUUCGCUAUUUUUAGCUCUCAUUCUAGCUAAGGCAGCUUGUUUUUUUUUUAAACUGCAGAAACAUUUGCAGAGUGUUAAUGUGAGGACUAGUGUUUCCUUUCCCAAGAUCCACUGAAGCAAUCACUGAGAUUUCUUAUAAGCACUUUGCUAUGUACCUAAGGAAAUUUUGCUUUUAAUUAUGGAAGAGCAAGAUACAAGCUUUCACAAUCAGCUGUUUUCGUCCUUUCUUUUGAGCUACAGAGAUCAUGCUGCUCGUUUAAAGGCACAUUCUUGCAUCAUACACACAAAUAUACAGCAGAUAUACAGUACACACGUGCGUAUGGGGAAGUCGUAUCGAUAUUAAAACUCCUAAAAUUCAUCUUACCUUUGUGUGAUUGAUCACUCUGUCCAAAGGGGUAUCAGCUCCACAGGCGGAAUAAGCUUCAAACAGCAUUCAAAGGGAAUGUUUUAUAUUUUAUCCUGUACAGAGUAAUAAAUAAAAAAAAAAACAUCAUUUAUUCAUGUUUAAGGCAGUUUGAGAAAGAAGAGGUUAGCACAUAGUUCUGUGGUGUGAUGAACAUACAGUAUUCUAGUCGGAUUGCUAGAAUUAUCCAAAUUGAAAAUGAAACCGAUGAUUGUCGGGUGGAUUUUUAUUAAUUUGGCGGCAUUAAAAUCCAAAGGAUAGCAGGGUUCUGAAAAUUUGUCAGUUUGGUAUAACCUAUUGUUUGUCACUUUGGCUGCAUUUUGGCCACAAAAAGAGAUAAAAAAUCACACCUCAGUUUUAAGUAAUCAUAAAUGUGUUUCACGAGACAUUUUACUUUGGUUAGCACUCUUGCCUCACACAUCCAGGGUUGAGACUUUAAAUCUGGCCUUCUGUCUGUGUCAGGGACUUUGCAUAUAUUUCCCUGUGCUUUGUGGGUUUACUCUCAAUACUCCGGUUUCCCCCCACAGUCCAAAGACCUGUGUUGUAGGGUGAUUGGUGUUUCCAAAUUGCCUGAAGUGAUUGGUUGUGUCAAUUGGUGGUGUUGGCACCCCAUCCAUGGUGCCUACUGCCCUGAGCACUCUCAUAUAGGCCUCACCUUCCUGCGUCCCUACACAGGAAAAGCGGUACAGAAAAUGAACUAAUGAAUUAAUUUUGUCUAGAAUAUUCUUCCUCAAAUGUCGGUUAAUGAGUCUAAACCUACCUGUUUAAGUGUACGAUUUGAUUAAACUGUUUGAUAGCUGAGUCUCACAUACUUUAUAAAACUUAAAUACCUGAGAUUCAUGCACAAGGGAAAGAGUUUAACAGGAAAAAAAUCUAAACGUCACUAUUUUCCCAGAUAUACAUUAUGAACGUCCUUUUUUCUUUUUUUUUAUUGUAGUCUGGUGCCAUUGGAGAUAUUAAGAAUUACAUAGUUGUUGAGAAUGAAAUCUUUCUUUAGUCAUGCUGAGAAAUUCAUGUGAAUAAUUUGUUCCUCUUUAUGCUUCCUCAGUAUUGUCCUUUGCUGUCCUGUAAUACAAUAUGCUGAAAUUCCACUUCAGUUACAGCUAUCUGCAUGCGCUCUAGAUAAAACACUACGCACAGCAUUCAUAUAAAUAUACUAAGCGUCACAUAAACGUGUUAUUUCCCAUAUGAUUAAAACAUGGAGUCACAUUCUGAGUAGAAUUCAUAUUUUUUAUUAAGAUACACCUAUGAAUGAUUUCAUUAUGUAAUUUUUAAAAUGUUUAGCCUCAGACUGUCUCCUCCACAGCAUUUCACCCAUCUGACUUUGCUUGAACUUUAAUAUAGAUAUUGAUACAAGUGCUGGUUGGCCAUAUCUAUAUCUGAUGUUACUAUUUAACAUUGUGUAUCAGAGUACGUUUAUUUUUUGUUUUGAAUCAAGAGAUGAUUGUGUUAAGUAUAUUAGAGCCAGAGCUACUGCAUGUAUCAUGUUUUAUUACUAUUGUUAAAGAUUUAAUGUUUUAGUUUGUAUCAAGACAUUUGGUAGCCCAGAUCUUCAUUACACCAGUGUUAGAUUACACUUACCAGCCGCAGAGAGUUCCUGGCACUCUCAGAUAGAAUCUACAUGAAAUUACAACAUGAGAUUAACAGUGUUGGUCUGCCUUUUCCAUCCAUCUUCUAAAAAAAUCUUUAUGCAGCUCUGUUCAAGGGCAUGAUCAUGUGUAGACAUGUUGGAUCAAGAUUCAAAACUAUAAGCCAAACAGGAUUCCAACCCAACGAUCAUUGUAAUAGGUACUUUAAAUAGAAAUAAUCAUAGUUGCCCAUGUAUUGAAGUGGUGGACCUUAUUAUAAAACCCCUACAUAUACCAUAUUUGCUGUAACAGAUAAUGUUGUAGCCCUUUUAUGUCUCUCUGUAUGAAACGGAUCUUUACUCUUUUUCUACUGUCAAUACCAGUACCAAUGUCAUCAUCUAUGAAAUUUUAAUAUUGUAAAUAAUAGGACACUUUGCAUAUGGUAGCUCCCUCUGCAUUUGCUCUAUUUAUGUUUCAUUUGAAAUUUUGAUAUCCCCCCAUAUCUCCUCCUCCCCUAGCCACAGAACUGAAGAGUGUUAAAUAAAGGUUCCUGGGUGCCAUAUGCUUCAUUACUAACAGUUAAAAUCCCACUUUCAAAAUGUGUAACAUCUGCUUAUUCUAGUUUAGCAUAUUUUAUUGGAUCUUUUCCUAUUAUUUUACAGUUUCACUGUUUAUUUUAUAAUAUGCAUUGAGUCACAAUGUUGCUGAUUUGAAACACUGUACAGCAUUAAAAAAAAAAAAAGGAAUGUUAAAGGGAGAGACCACAUUGUACAUUAUUGCAAUAUUUGUGUUAUUUUUAAUUUGUAUCAUAUCAAUGCCUUGUACAGUGUUGUUUUUUCAUUUAAAAUUGUUUUGUAUUUUAUUUUUAUAAACUGGUUAUGAAUAAAAUAUUUAUUCAG